AUGGCGUCGUGCCAAUUCCUCUGCAAUCACCAACUCUACUCGCCCGCAAACGGCAAACCCCACUGGAAUUCCUUUAGUAAAAGCAGUUUCUCACUACCCUCUUCGAUUAAGCCAAAUGGGUCAUCGAUUGUGCAGAAUAAUUGUAAAUCUUCAAGGUCCCUUUUGGUCAAAGCCACAGCUUCUGAUUCGAAAACUGGCAGAAAACAAGUGGAGGUUGUCUAUGAUUUUGAAGGUAAGUCUAACAAGCUGACAGAUGAAGUGGAUAAAGAUGCGGGGUCGUCAAGGCUCACUCUCUUUUCGCCUUGCAAGAUUAAUGUUUUCUUGCGAAUAACAGGAAAAAGAGCAGAUGGCUAUCAUGAUUUGGCAUCUCUAUUCCAUGUAAUCAGUCUAGGAGACAAAAUAAAGUUCUCUUUGUCCCCAUCAAAAUCGGCAGAUCGUUUAUCGACCAAUGUCCCAGGGGUUCCUCUAGAUGAGAGAAAUUUGAUAAUUAAGGCUCUUAAUCUUUUCAGGAAAAAGACUGGAGUUGACAACUACUUCUGGAUCCAUCUUGAUAAGAAGGUGCCUACAGGAGCCGGGCUUGGUGGUGGCAGUAGCAAUGCUGCCACUGCUUUAUGGGCGGCAAAUCAGUUCAGUGGUUGUGUUGUGACUGAAAAGGAGCUUCAAGAUUGGUCUGGCGAGAUUGGCUCAGACAUUCCCUUCUUUUUCUCCCAGGGAUCUGCUUAUUGCACGGGUAGAGGCGAGGUUGUUGAAGAUAUUCCUCCAUCUAUACCCCUUGACCUUCCAAUGGUUCUCAUUAAACCGCAAGAGGCGUGCCCCACUGCUGAAGUUUACAAGGCCCUUAGGAUGGAAAAUACGAGCAAGAUUGAUCCUUUGAGUUUGUUAGAGAAGAUUUCAAGUAAUGGAAUAUCACAGGAUGUUUGCAUCAAUGAUUUAGAACCACCAGCUUUUGAGGUCCUCCCUUCUCUAAAAAGGUUAAAACAGCGAAUAGCUGCUGCUGGUCGAGGACAGUAUGAUGCUGUUUUCAUGUCUGGCAGUGGGAGCACUAUCGUGGGUGUAGGCUCUCCAGAUCCUCCUCAAUUUGUCAAUGAUGACGAUGAGUACAAGAAUGUCUUUGUAUCAGAGGCCAGCUUUAUUACACGUCCAACGAACCAAUGGUAUGCGGAACCUAUUUCUACAGACGCUAGCACUUCAACCACAGGAUCUUCUUAA